UAACUUCAUAUAGCAGGGCACGAGAACGUCUUCGUUUCGUUUCGUCUUCAUGUCAAAAAUUCAGUCGUAAUAGCUGGUAAUAGGUUUAUUUUUAAUGCGCGUAGUGUAAAAAAAAGAUUUAAACAAUUAAAUUUAAAGGGAGAAUUAUCUUUGAAAAAUUGAGGUGAUUUUGGCAAAUUUGCCUUCCGCAGUGAAGGCCUGGUUUUUGGGUCCGGGACUUGCCCGUUGGGCCGUCUCGGCCCAGGAGGAGAUGUCUUUGCGGGCUGCAGCAUAUCGUUUUAUACAAAAUGGUCGGAUUGUUUUGCGAACCCUUAGAAAUCCGGAACACCGCGUUAAUAGCUGCUACUAUCGAGGACAGCUUAACAAGAUACACGUCUCACAAAUAGGAAAAUCCCAGGGCCAUGUACCUCCGGGUACCAGUACUCCAACUACUGGUUGGCGUCUCGGCUUUCUGGGGACUCAAGCUCGACAAUUAUUCGUUGAUAAUAUAUUAAAGAGAGUGACAAAUAGUUUAGCCGCAAAUUUACGUCGUCGAGCAGCAAGUCGAUUACUUUUUGGUGAUUCGAGACCAUUUUUCGCUCUAGUCGGUGUUUCCCUAGCAUCCGGAACGGGGAUUUUAACAAAAGAAGAUGAAUUGGAAGGUGUCUGUUGGGAAAUUAGGGAAGCCGUAUCAAAAUUACAAUGGAAUAAACCUGAGAAUGAUAAGAAUUACGAAACCACAUUAAUUGACGAUAGGACGACAAAUUUACAGGAUUUCGUUAUUGGUCCGUUGAUUGCGAAAGGAUGUUCAGCUGUUGUUCAUUCGGCACGUUUACAAACUGUUGCCGAAAAAGAAGAGAACAAACAGCUUGUCAUUGACAAUAACAGUGAAAUUUCCCUUUUUCCCUUCGCAUUAAAAAUGAUGUUCAACUACGACGCCGAAUCGAAUGCAAUUUCAAUAUUGAGGGCAAUGUAUCGAGAAACUGUGCCCGCAAGAAAACAUUAUCAAAACGAAGAGUUGGCUAAUUGGGAGCAAUUAAUGAUUGACAACAAACGAGUACUUCCACCUCAUCCCAAUAUCGUUGCAAUGUAUUUAGUAUUUGCAGACCGAGUGCCUAAAUUACCAGGUUCCUUGAAAGCGUACCCGGACGCUUUGCCCUCGAGAAUCCAUCCGGACGGUUCAGGAAGAAAUAUGAGUCUUUUUCUUCUCAUGAAGAGAUACGAUACAACAUUGAAAGAAUAUUUCGUCGAUCGAAAUAUACGAACGAGAGAAUCGAUUUUAUUAUUCGCGCAGUUAUUGGAGGGGAUUGCUCAUAUGAAUGCUCACGGUAUUGCACACAGAGAUUUGAAGAGUGAUAACAUUUUACUCGAUUUAUCGGAAGAAUCGGACAAUUGUCCAUCACUGGUGAUUACAGACUUUGGAUGUUGUUUGGCUGACAAAAUUCAUGGAUUAUAUCUUCCUUAUAAUUCUCUCGAUAUUGAUAAAGGAGGAAAUGCUGCAUUAAUGGCACCGGAAGUUGUCAAUGCAGUUCCAGGGCCUUUCACAAAUAUAAAUUAUUCCAAAGCCGAUCUUUGGACUGCAGGGACAAUUGCCUAUGAGAUUUUUGGUACUCGAAAUCCCUUCUAUUUCGAUAGAAAUGAAACGGAGAAUUUGAGAAAUUACAAUUAUCAAGAAGAAGCUCUUCCACCGCUUCCAGAAGAUGUUCCGGUUAUUAUUUCUGCUUUGGUGAAAAAUAUGCUGUCACGAAGUCUAUACAAACGACUGAGUACGGAGAUGGCAGCAACAAUUAUGCAAUUGUACCUCUGGUCACCGAGUGCUUGGUUACAAAACGAAGGCAAAAUUCCAUCCAGUAAUGAGAUUCUUCAGUGGCUUUUGUGCUUGACGACAAAAGUACUUUGUGAAGGUCGGAGAAUGUCGGAAGAUAAUCAAGAAAAUUCAGAUGAAAAUGAACUUUAUUUCGAGAGACGAAAUAAUUUUCAAAGAAGUCUCUCGACUCAAUCUUGUGGUCGUAGAACAAUGCCUGAAUAUCAACUAAUCGCAAGUUUUCUCAGUAGAGUCAGUCUUGGAAAUGUCAGAGAUGGUUUAAAGUGGAUACAAAAGAACGUAUAAUUUCUACGAAUUCGAGAAAAUAAUAGUACUAAAGAGAAAAUUAAUAGUACUUCAAAAUAAAGGGAAAGAAAUAUAUUUUAACUUUCAUAGUGCAUCGAGAAUGAAGCUUUUUCCAGAAAUCUAAUCAAAUUUAUUGCGCUUCAUCGAAAGUGAUUUAUUCAUAAAUUUUGUUAUCAGCUUUAUUUUUGAUACUUAAAGAAUCACAAAAGAAGAAAACUAAAAUUUAUGCUCUUUUGUGAUUCAAGAGCCUUAAAAAAUUAAAGAAAAUAUUUAUUUUCGAGAAGAGAAAAUUAAUUUUUUUUUGUGAUAAUUGUAUAUUUAUUGUUACCCGCGAAUAUUUUCGUGAUAUCAAAUAAGCAUUGUAUGAAACUUCAAUAGUUAUUUAAUUUGGAUGUUUUUGUUUCUAACAAUAUUUAAAAAUUUAAAUAUUUGUUUUUAAAAAUUAAAUCGUGAUUGUUUAUUAAAUUAUUUAUUCACGACAAAUUUAAAGAUAGUGGGAUAAAAACGAAAGUGAAAUUUGUAAAAAGAAAAUUCAAGAGUGUCUUUUAAAAAUUAUUCUAUUGAAAAUAAAAUGAAAAUAAAAUUGUAUAUAGAAUUUAAAAA